CCCGGCCCCGCUCUGACAGAGCCGCAGCGCUGCGCCCCCUCCCCGCGCCGCUCCCGCCCGCGGACACGCACCCCCGGCUCUCCCAGAUUUCUGAGUGAAGAUGAAUUUAGCAGAGAUUUGUGAUAAUGCCAAAAAAGGAAGAGAAUAUGCACUCCUUGGGAACUAUGACUCUUCUAUGGUAUAUUACCAGGGUGUCAUCCAGCAAAUCCAGCGACAUUGCCAGUCGAUUAGAGAUCCAGCAAUUAAGGGGAAAUGGCAACAGGUCCGACAAGAAUUAGUUGAAGAAUAUGAACAAGUUAAGAGCAUUGUCAACACUUUAGAGAGUUUUAAAAUGGACAGACCUCCAGAUAUCUCUGUAUCCUGCCAAGAUGAGCCUUUCAGAGAUCCAGCUGUUUGGCCUCCUCCUGUUCCAGCUGAACACAGGGCUCCACCUCAGAUAAAACGUCCCAACCGAGAUGGAAAAUCUUUGAAGAAAGACUCCCCUGGACUUCAGCCCCGCGGGCCUGCGGGCAGAGCACAUGUGGUGUCCAAGGGGGAGAAAUCUUCAGGCAGCCGUGAAAGGGAGUCCAGAGCCAGAGGAAGAGAUGACAAGGGAAAGAAAAUACCCCAGGAAUUUGGUGAUGGGGAAAUUCCAAAAUUUGAUGGAGCAGGUUACGACAAAGACCUGAUCGAAGCUCUUGAAAGAGACAUUGUGUCAAGGAAUCCAAGCAUUCAUUGGGAUGACAUAGCAGAUUUGGAAGAAGCCAAGAAAUUAUUAAGAGAAGCUGUUGUUCUUCCAAUGUGGAUGCCUGACUUUUUCAAAGGGAUCAGAAGACCUUGGAAGGGUGUGCUGAUGGUUGGUCCUCCUGGCACUGGCAAAACAAUGCUAGCAAAAGCUGUUGCUACAGAAUGUGGGACAACAUUCUUCAACGUGUCUUCCUCUACACUGACGUCUAAAUACAGAGGCGAGUCUGAGAAGCUGGUCCGCCUCUUGUUUGAAAUGGCACGGUUUUAUGCACCAACAACAAUCUUCAUUGACGAGAUAGAUUCCAUCUGCAGCCGCAGAGGCACAUCUGACGAACACGAGGCCAGUCGCAGAGUCAAGUCAGAGCUGCUUGUGCAAAUGGAUGGGGUAGGUGGUGCUCUGGAAAAUGAUGACCCUUCCAAGAUGGUUAUGGUAUUAUCUGCUACAAAUUUUCCCUGGGAUAUUGACGAAGCUCUCCGACGGAGACUGGAGAAGAGGAUUUAUAUACCUUUGCCCACAGCAAAAGGCAGAGCAGAACUACUGAAGAUUAACCUUCGGGAAGUAGAACUAGAUCCUGAUAUCAGCCUUGAAGAAAUUGCUGAGAAGAUUGAAGGUUAUUCUGGUGCUGACAUCACUAAUGUUUGCAGGGAUGCAUCUUUAAUGGCAAUGAGAAGACGUAUUAAUGGCUUAACUCCAGAAGAGAUUCGUGCACUUUCUAAAGAAGAGCUUCAGAUGCCGGUUACCAAGGGGGACUUUGAGCUGGCUCUGAAGAAAAUCUCCAAAUCUGUUUCUGCUGCAGACCUGGAGAAGUAUGAAAAAUGGAUGGCAGAAUUUGGAUCUGCUUAAUCUCAGUGACAGCUUUCCUUUGCUAGAGUUUUAUGGUUUUUGUUGUUCUCACUUUCAAAAUGAGUUAGAAAUCUUUUUAAAAGUUUAAUAAAAGGUCUGCCUCUGCCCUCAUCCCACCCCUUUCUGGUGACAGGAUCUUUUAAGCUAUUUGUCUUUAAAGGGAAUGAACACAAUAAUGAGCUAAUAUUGUAAAAUAUAUUUUAUCUCUGAAGUAGAAAAAUAAGACAAACAGGAAGGGAAAAAUCAUACUUCUGAGGGCAGUCUUUUUAUUUUUCAAAUGAAGAGCAGUGUUACUUAACUUCCUCCUAGUCAUUUUUUAUGGCUGGAGUCAAUAAAUCAGCUGGGGGAUGUGACUCCAAAGGAACAGACAAGGGCUUGCUGUACCCCUCCUGCUCUUAAGUGCUGCUUCUGCCUCCCUUGAAUGUGGCAUCCAAGUUAUUAUUCUUUCUCUCUAUGCUCGGAUAUUCAGAGCAAAGCCUGUGGAUUAAUUGGCAUUACAGAGGAAAUGAGGACCAGUUUUCCAUCAAGACAUGGACCUGACUCUCCUCUCAUGUACUCCCAUUUGGAAUUGAUGUCACUUCAGACUGUUAUCAGUGUUACCUGCAAUGACUUCUGAUGGGAAUGAGAGGGAAAGAAAAAGGCAUGGAUUGUUCUCAGUCCGGUUUAUGCUUGUUCUCUGAACAUAGUUCAAGCCUGUUUGACCAGUAGGCACUUUGACUUAGGUUAUAACUUGCACUUUUAUGCUUAUGUAUCAUCUGUGCUUUGUUUGUGCUAUCUAAAUGUAAUUGUUACUAGUAUUAAUAUUAAUAUUUUAGUACUAAGAGUUUAAUAAAGACACUAAUAUCAAGGUUGUGUUUAAAACACAAUGCUGUCCUUAAAACAAAUGGCUGUGAACUUCCACUUUUGAUUGGAUAUGAACUUUUUCCUAGCAUUAGUAGGCAAUGGGACUUUUACCUUUUUGUGUUGUAGAACUGUUCAUACUUAUUCUUUCUUUUUUGUGUGUGUGAAGAUUUCUUAAAAAUGUAUAAAUAUUACUGGUUUAGUAAUAUUUAGAAAAUAA